AUGCCAUUGAAAAUUACUGUUAUCCAAUCAGACGUACUUUCGACACUUGAAGAAACACUUCAACACAUUUCCUGUUUGAUAAAAAAUAGUGAAAAGAGUGAUCUAUAUUUAUUACCUGAGGGGUUUACAACAGGAUUUGAUGUUGAUUUACCUAAAAUCGCACAUAAAGAAGCAGGAAAACAAAUAGUUUUAUGGAUGACUGAAAUAGCACAAGAAAUGAAAGCGGCUAUUGUUGGAUCAAUUUUUGUUGAAGAUAAUAACAAAUAUUUUAAUAGAAUGUAUUUUGUAGAUGAAACAGGUGUUGUUGCUCAUUAUAAUAAAACUCAUUUAUUUAAAUUAAUGGAUUAUGAAACAAGUCUUACUGCAGGGACAGAAAAGGUAAUUGUUUCUUGGAAAGGAGUUAACUUUUUAUUAUGUAUUUGUAACGAUAUUCGUUUCCCAGCAUUUUUAAGAAAUCUUAAACUUGAAUAUGAUGUCAUUUUAUGUUCAAUUAAUUGUAAUGACAUAUUUAAUCAUUCUAUUCCAUUACUAUGUGGUGGAAGGGCAUGUGAGAAUUUAUGUUAUUGUGUUGUAGCAAACAGAGUUGGUACUGAUCAUUUGAAUUGUAGAUAUCUAGGUAAUUCAUGUGCUUUUGAUUGUUGGUCAAAUCAAUUACUAAAAGCUGAAGAUAAGCCUGUAGCUGUUUCAUGUACUAUUGAUAAAGAACUUUUGGAUAAACUUCGUAUCAAAUAUCCAAUUAAUCAAGACUUCGAUAUGUUCCAAUUAAAUAAUCCAUAUCGUCAAGUUAUUUAUGAAAAGAAAUAA